AUGUCAACCUUGGAAGAAGCACUGUCGCAAAGACACAGGCUGUCAGUGUGGCAUGUCUACCGUGAGGGCUUUGACCAUAUUUCCAUCACACCGUUCCUCGUGCCAGGAAAGGAAUAUGGGCAUAGUUCGCACGACGAGGACAGAUAUUACCAGUCACGUUUUCAACAACAAAACGGCUACUUUGUGCAUUUACCCAGUCUCUUGUUUCACAACGCACCCCGAACUCUUCGCCGUGGGCCCAAAAAGGGAGGCGACCCUAUUUGCACAAUCAAGCUCGGAGCAUUCUGGAAUGACUGGAUCAUCCAGUUCAGUGAGCAUCUGAACAAGGUUAUUGAUCCCAGAGGAUUAGUGAGGUGGGAAUGCCGCAGCAAUCAAGACAAUUCCACGUCCAACGAUAUCAGGGAGUGGAAAGGAUACAAAGUUCGCACAUGGAGAGUGUGGGGAGAAACGGGGGCAGAAUAUCAUCGUACGGUGAAUGCCAGACGGAAAACCGUGAAAGAGGAAGACACCGAAGGCUGCACAACUAGAGCCAAAGAGAAAUUCGAAGCACGAGACUUGGAGAUGGGCCCUGUUGAAAGUGAGAACGACCUUGCCAGUGGUUCACGAAGCCAGAAUAUCUCAGGGGAGCCUUCUUUCCCAGGCUCGCCGCCUGCAGCUGUGCUUUCUCCAACUUUGGCCGAUGAAGCAUUUCGACUUAAAUGGAGCUCACCUUUAUCGAUUCGUACUCGCACCUACUGCUUUGAAUAUGCCGGCAUUGAGUUCUCUUGGGAAGGCACUCGAGACGUGCACCAUAAUCAUACGUGGAACAAAAGACUCAUGCCUUUCAACCACUUGAAGCUGCUUGCCAGGGUUCCUGGCUCUACAGAGGAGACAUACGUUGCCCAGUAUAUUUCAAGUUUCUCUCACGACAAACAUGGGCAGUUGUGGAUCUUUGAUUCUGUUGUCACAGAGCUCCUUGAGAGGACCGGUCAUCCUUCGAAAUGGAUCAAGCAAACUGGAAACAAUGAACGAUUUUCAUUGGAUAUUAACUGGGAUAUUCAACAGACUCGCUUAUAUGAUAUGAUUAUGGCGACAUCAACGUGUAUGAUAAUUGGCGAGUGGCAGAAGCGGUCGAUUCUUUGGAUGAUUUAUUCGACACUAUACAUGGGUUACGUUUUGGGUGCACUUUGA